CUUUCCCUGAAAGUCUUUGCUGAUCCGACUUGAGACUGAAAUAAUUCAAGAUGGCUGUCUCAGGCUCCAGGUGAGGGCUUCUUCCUGUUUUGCCCUGGUGUGUGAAUCUUUCUUGCGACUGACUGGGUCUCAGUGCUGCCAGACCUUUACUGCCCCUACGGAGACAUCAUGUCCUCCACCUCCUCCUGUUCCUCCUCGGGGGAAACCAGCCCGGAAGAUAUACCCCGAGGUGGGGGCACCAUCCGUGUCUACCUCCCCAACAAGCAGCGGACGGUGGUAAACGUUCGGCAUGGGCAGACUGUCUAUGACAGUCUAGACAAAGCCCUGAAAGUCAGAGGCCUGAGCCAGGAUUGCUGUGCUGUCUUUCGACUUCUUGAAGGCCGUAAAAGGCUUACGGAAUGGAACACUGACAUCACACCCCUUGUAGGGGAGGAACUUCUGGUAGAAGUGCUGGAUGAUGUUCCCCUUACAAUGCACAACUUCGUUCGUAAAACAUUCUUCAAGUUAGCAUACUGUGACUUUUGCCACAAGUUCUUGUUCAACGGCUUCAGGUGUCAGACAUGUGGGUAUAAAUUCCACCAGCACUGCAGCAGUAAAGUACCUACUGUAUGUUUGGACAUGGAUACCAUGACAAAACGGUGUGGUCCUAGUACCUGCACAGAAGACUACCCUCAAAUACCAAUUUUGAUAAUGUCGGACGCCAAUUCCAUAUCACAGAGUGACCUUGCCUUAACCUCAGAUCCUCCUGGAGGAGGCCUGCUGUCCCCCGGCUCUCCCUCCUUCUGUUUCCUCAUGCGAGGGGAGGACGGUCAGUCUCUCCAGAGACAUCGCUCCACCUCAACCCCAAACGUCCACAUGGUCAGCACUCUGGAUCCUGGAGCUGCAGGCCUCAUGGAGGAGCCAUUAAAAAUCAGCACAAUGGGACCAGAGUCCUCUCCCAAGCCUUCCACUAGCCCACCCCACCUAGGAUCACCAGGUAGAAGACCCCCCAAAUCCCCUUCUGAGCCCAAGGAACGAAAGCCAUCAUCAUCUGAUGAUAAAAAGAAAGUGCACCGUGGAGGUUACAGAGACUCCAGUUACUACUGGGAGGUGCACUCACGGGAGGUGAACAUGUUAAAGAGGAUUGGGGCAGGCUCAUUUGGGACUGUCUUUAAAGGCAAGUGGCACGGAGAUGUGGCUGUCAAGAUUCUUAAAGUGACAGAGCCCACACCAGAGCAACUACAAGCCUUUAAAAAUGAGAUGCAGGUUUUACGAAAAACACGUCACGUCAACAUACUGCUGUUCAUGGGCUUUAUGACGAAGCCUAAUUUUGCCAUUAUCACACAGUGGUGUGAAGGCAGCAGCCUGUAUCGCCACCUUCAUGUUACCGAGACCAAGUUUGACACCAUGCGGCGUAUCGACGUUGCUCGCCAGACUGCACAGGGCAUGGAUUAUCUUCACGCCAAGAAUAUAAUUCAUCGGGACUUGAAAUCUAAUAAUAUCUUCCUGCAUGAAGGGUGGACGGUAAAGAUUGGUGACUUUGGGCUAGCCACAGUGAAGUCUCGCUGGAGUGGCUCACAGCAGGUUGAACAGCCCAGUGGCUCCAUCCUGUGGAUGGCCCCUGAGGUGAUCAGAAUGCAAGACCCUAACCCAUACACCUUUCAGUCAGAUGUAUAUGGCUAUGGAGUGGUGCUUUAUGAACUUAUGUCUGGGACUUUGCCCUAUACAAAUAUCAGCAACCGGGAUCAGAUUAUUUUCAUGGUGGGUCGUGGGUACUUGUCCCCAGACCUCAGUAAACUGUAUAGUAACUGCCCUAAAUCAAUGAAGAGGCUCAUCAUCGACUGUCUGAAAUUCAAACGGGAUGAACGGCCUCUCUUUCCACAGAUCUUGGUGGGCAUCGAACAGGUCCAGGAUUUGUUGCCAAAAAUCGAACGGAGUGCCUCUGAGCCCUCUCUACACCGUGCUGUACACGCAGAGGAUCUGAAUCCACUUCUCCUUCAUACCACGCGCCUCAUGCCUCUGUGAGACUCCCGGAGAUGCUCCACUCUUUUUCCAAAUGCUGUGUAUCAUCAUUUGAAGCAUGGAAUCCCUAGUUCCUCUGAUUCUUCCACACAUUCCUGAGAGCACCUGAACUACUGCAUUGGUCCCACAUGUACUCGAACACACAUACUCCACAUUUAUCGGCUCAUUUAGCGCAAUCCUACAUCUCCCCUUUAUGUUUCUGGAAUUAUCUCCAGGCUGCUCUAGUGUAGAAUGGCAGACUGCAGAAUUCUUUGACUAGCUGCUUUCAAACACGGACAUCUGAAAUAAACCGUGCUCUUACUACACUUAUUGGAUUUGGAAAUCCAAGAUUCAUAUCUGCGAUGCAUCAGCACAAUCUUAAUAACCUCAUUUUUUUAGGUGUAUUUCAAAAUGUGUUAUGAUUGUGCUUGCAAGUUACCUUUUUUUUUUUACUUGGAAAUAACAGAAGCAUUGAAUUUGUUUCAUAGAACCAGCAAACUUCUGCAUGGAGAUUUUUUUUUUUUUCUUCUUCCUGUUCCCUUUGCUUGAACAAUUUUGUUUUUAAUUGAUCAGCAUUAGAAAACUGUGAUGGCUCUGUUCAUCUGUCUCGGUCACUCUUUGCUCAAAGUGACAUAACAGAUUGGUUUGCAGUCAGUUGCUCAAUUCAUGGUUAUGUAAUCAUGUAUGUUCAAUCCAAAUCAUACGCCUGUUGUAGUUAUUAUUAUUAUUAUUAUUAUUAUUAUUAUUAUCUUUUACUUUAUUAUUGUUAUUUUUUAAAUUCUGUUAUCUUUCAUUUCUUGUCCAGAUGGAAAACAACUAGAGGGUGACAGAUAAUGUUGGAUGUACAUGUGACUGGUGCCCUUAAAGUGAUAGUUCACACUAAAAAAUGUUUAAUUCUGUCAUCAGUCACUCACCCUCAUGUUUUCCCAAACCAGUUUAAUUUUCUUUCUUCCACUGAGCACAAAAGGAGAUACUAGACAGAAUGACAGCCUCAGUCACCAUUCACUUUUAUUGUACAGAAAAAAAAAGAUGCAAUAAAAGUGGAAGGCGAAUGAGGCUGUCAGUCCCUCAUUUUGUGUUCCAAGGAAGAAAGAUGGUUUGGAACAACAUGAGGGUGAGUAAAUGAGGACCAAACUUUCAUUUUUGGAUUAACCAUCCCUUUAAAAAUUGUGCUGUGCAUGUGAUGUUUUCACCAUCACUUCUCAAUUGCUGAUCUUUUACUUUUGGGCUUGUGCUGCCAUUUGGUCAGCUUUAUAUUGUAAAGCUUAAAGAAAUUUCGAGAAAAUGGUGCAGAUCCUGCCAGUGAAAUGACAGAAUCAUGUUGGUAUCCUCAUAAUGCAUAGGUGCACUUCCUGAAGUGAUGGGGGAAGAAAAAAUUUAGCAUGAUAUUUUCUUUUGUUAGUUUGAAAUGAGUACAUGUUGCUCUCUGGAUUUAUAAAUGAAGAUUGUUUACUAUGUUUCUUUUAAAAUGUUGCAUCUUACAACUGGGUAACCAUUCACAAUCUAAGCUGAAGUGGGUCAUGAUGACCAAAACCAGGACUGGUCAACUCAUACUGACACUUCAUCUCAGUCUGGCUUGUGGGCUAAUGCACCGUUAUCAUAUGGCAAUGUUAAACUGAUUGACAGUACUGCCCACUGUCGUUGAAUGUUUCUAAAGUAGACCUUGCACAGAGAAAUGUAACUGAUUUUGGCCAUGGACCUGCAUGCAGAUAGUCAUGAGCAAUAGUUUGGAAGAAAAAAAAUGACACUUCACCUUUAAGAGGCAGAAUGCUUCAAUGUGAAUAUACUGUCUCCUAUCCCUGCUUAAUAUGCAGAGAACUAUUAGAGACAAACCGUUUGUAGGUUGACUUCCUGUAGAAGUAGUCUUAAGAACUCCUGGCUCUGUGGUGCUUUUAAAACAUUGUUUGUUUGACCCGACAGCAACAUUGGCUCAACCGAUUUGGGCAGAACUACCAGUUUUUUAAAAUAAUUUAAGAUGUGGAGUGUUUGGGAAAACCUGUUUGGAGACGGUCAUUUAUUUUUGCAAUUCCUUUUGGUGCCACUAGUGGCACAGAAGUAACAGCACCUUUAAGGUGGAGUUAUGGUUGAUUUGCUCAAUGUUAUGCUCUCAAGCAAUGUUUGAGGAAUGGACUCUAAAACACUUAAAUUAGGCUGCUAACUUUAGAAUCGCUACUGACCACUGGUUAACCAUGCCUCUUACCAGUUGCAGUGUUUUGAGAUUGAUCAAACUAAUGAUGCUCUUCAUCCACAGCAAUGGCUUGUUUUGUUUUAGAAUUUUGUAUCGGCAGGAAGAAUCCCUGCAGGAAAAUCCAGCUUAAGCUGGUAGCUGUGUUUUGGAACAUGGAAGCUGGUCCAAACUGGUAAUCGGCUGGUCCUUAGCUGGUCGAGCAGCAACCAUGUUCCAAAAACCAGCUUGACUGCCUUGAGCUGGUAUGACCAGCUGGUAGCUGGUCUAAGCUGGUCUCCCAGCUUGGACCAGCUAAUGACCAGCUUGGAUCAGCUACCAUGUCUCACAGCACUUUGUUUGGAUGUAAUUGCUUCAGAAGUGACAGUGUAGGAUGAGAAAUUCUUGGGUUGGUGGCCUCUUAUGUCCUCAGAACAAAGCGGCUGCUAAACUCACAGAUGUUUUUCAAGUUUCUGAUGCUAUGGGCUCAGUUGUCGUGAAUGAACUUUACAAAGAAGGCCAGUUCAUCAAUACUUAGUUCUGUAAACUCAAAAGUAUCUCUUUGUGAAACUCAUUCUGUUUCAUAGCAAUAUUAAAGUUCCCUUUUUUCCCAGUUUAGCUGGUUUCAUUACGACUGAUUGAAACCUUCAACGAUUGGGCCUUAUGUGUCCUACAUUCUCGACCAUUACAUUUUAAUGGAGUCUUAAUGUGUUUAACUUAUUGAUUUAGUUGUACUAAAUGCAGAGCUUUGGUUCUUACCAAGCAAUAUUUGAAUGGGGGCUGGGUACCCCAUUGAGCUGUACUCAAAUAUGAUUCCUAUGAAUGAUUCUCUGGGGGAUACAGUGUCUGUUGUGAUGAUGGGAUAUGAAAGAUGGUGUUAUGUCCCCUGACUGUUGUUUUGGACACAUCUGGCUGUCUAAAAUAUAUUUCUAUUUUCUUAUACAAUUCCUCUGUUAUUACAUUUAAAACAGGGUGAGUAUGUAGAAGUGUUUCUGGGCGCUCAUAGAUGAAUGACGAUGUGGUACUCCAAAUAUUGUUUUUGUUUUCUUAAGAAACCAAUUGUAAUAAUAUUAUUCAGUACAAAAGGCAAUAAUUGACAUGGUUAUUAUGCAUUUUGUUAGUGACACUAUAUACUCGUUAUUCAUAAAGUUUGAAAAAGCAAGACUAACAGUUUAUUUUUGCAAGGGUUUGGAUGUACAGCUAGUUCUGUCGACAUGUAUGAUACAAUAGUUUAAAAGCUAUUAAUGAAUCAUGGUUUCAAACCAACAGCCUUGUUAUUUUUGUGUGUCUUGAAACCUCUAUAAAUAUUACUACAAAUAAGACUUUGUAAAACAUUUCUUAAAAACAUCAGCACUGAUCAAGGAAUGGUUUCUUCCACCGAAUGCUAACCUUACCAAUUGUAUGAGAAACUGUUUUAAAAAACUGGUCCUAGAUCAUUACAACAGUAACUUUUGCCAAUUCUGGAUAUCUGUAGCACAGCUUGAAUGGCUUUAAUGUAUUUCUAGAUAAAUUUGGUACUUGGAGAAAGAAAGAAAAUUAUUAAGAAAUAAGACUGUUACUGCAAGCACAAAAGAAAAACUUGAGCAAUCACUUGCACAUGUAAUGGUUCAGUAAUGGAGAAAACAUUUAAUGAUUAGAGGAUUUACACUGAUUAGCCACAGCCUCACUGGGUGUUUUUGGCACCAUUCUGAGUAGACUCUAAAGACUUGUGCGUGAAAAUCACAGGAGAUCAGCAGUUACAGAAAUACUCAAACCAGCACGUCUGGCAGCAACAGUCAUCCAUGCAAUUAUCUAAUCAGCCAGUCGUGUGGCUGCAGUGCAUAAAAUCAUGCAAAUAUGGGUCAGGAGCUUCAGUUAAUGUUCACAUCAACCAUCAGAAUGGGGAAAAAAAAAAUUUGAUCUCAGUGAUUUGUACCGUGGCAUGAUUGUUGGUGCCAGAUGGGCUAUUUUGAGUAUUUCUGUAACUGUUGAGCUCAUGGAAUUUUCAUGCACAACAGUCUAUAGAAUUUACUCCGAAUGGUGCCAAAAACAUCCAGUGAGCGGCAGUUCUGCGGACAGAAUUGCCUUGUUGAUGAGAGAGGUCAACAGAGAAUGGCCAGACUAGUUCAAACUGACAAAGUCUCAGAUAACUGCUCUGUAAAACUGUGGUGAGAAGUAUAGCAUCUCCGAAUGCUAUUCUGAGAUGCGGGUUGGUGCUGUUUUUGCACCAUAUUAGGCAGGUUGUUUUAAUGUUGUAGCUGAUCGGUGUAUGUAAUAGAGAAAACAUUUAAUGAUUAGAGGAUUUAUAACUUUCUAAGCAACUUUUUAAAAUGUUAUUACAACAUCGCUUUUUUUAUGUCAUUAGGCUUAAUUUAUGUGGUGCAUUGAUUAAUUUGGUGUAAUGAAAAACAUUAAUAGGCUUCUAUAAUUCCAUACCCUGGAUCAGGCAAAUAAAUAAUUUUCUUUAUUUUACCCUAUAUCUUUUAAGCAGCUGUUUUGCUCAAAGCACACAUUAUAUUGGUCUUGUUGUCAGCUGCUCUGCAGAUGGCCAAAGUACAACUUUUAUGUAGUUUCCAUAAAGCACAAUGUAAGAUAAUCCGUAUACAUCCAGUUUUCUGCUUAUGCAUGAGGGCAUAAAUGCAAAAGGGUGAAACAUUAGAUCAGUGUACAAGCCACCAUUUUUCAGAGCAUAAAAUCUAAUGAAUGAUCAAUUUUGUUUUAAAGAAAUAGUUUUGGAUAUUUUUGGUGAAUUGCAAUAAUGUGUGUAUAGUUAAGAGGUCUAUGGGUGUUUGCGAAAAAUUUUAUAUUCUGCCAUGUACAGUUAUUUUAUUUAGUUAAAUAUUACCUUAAAUUGUUUUUUGUUUUGUUUUUUUGUGUGUGUGUGUGUGAUGUUUAAAGAGCAAAAUUAUUUUAAAACAUGUAAAGGAAAAUCUUUUUUGGGGAGGG